UACAAGGAAGAAGAUCUCGCUAACAAGCUAGCUGCUGGUGUACAACAGGUUGCCAAUGGUUGGCCGACUCGUCACUGCUGCCGAUCGUGACAGAUGAAUACUUAUCUCUUUCAUGAGGAAGAAUGACAACCCAUGGAAGAUCAACAAAUCACGUGAAGAUGUGACUUCAUUUUGACAACAAAUGGAGACGGGAGGAGAACUAUCAAAUACUGGGAGGCCUUACAAACACAAGAUGAAGUCUCCUGAAGAACAGACAACCUCAUCUUUCCUUCAUUCUUCAAAAGAAUCCAACAACUCGAGGAGGAGUCAUUUUGGUCAAAAAUCGAAGCGUUUUUCCAGUACAAAAGGAGAAAAAUCUGGUGCAGCAAGGAAUUCUAGCAGCUUCGGUUAUGGUGCUGAAAAAGAGACCAGCCAUGAUCGCCGUCGCAUAGAGAAACCACUUUUCAAUCCCAGUGCAAAGGCAUCAACACUCAGCAGUAAGGAUACGGCACAAUCAAGAAUCAACAGCACAGAGUCCGCUGAUGGACAGCUGAAAGAUAAUCGUGAUCCAAGAUUGACACCAAGCUCUGCUCAAAUGCCCAUUCCGGAACACACGUACGGCACACGCUUUAAUGUAAAGAUGGCAGAUUUCACGGAGUUAAGUCGCAUGGCAUCAAACAGACCAGACAUUAAACUUGUUGAAAAAGACACUUGGAGUCAGAAUGCUUCAUCCAUGAGACCUUGGUCUCCGUGUUUGAAGGGUGAGUUACCAGCCACUGACCCUCGAGUCGCAGUUACUUCGGAAAACUCUUUUGACAUCUCUUCAGGACAUCAGACAGUUAUCUCCUGGGCCGUUGUGGCCUCUCAGCUGCCGAAAAAAGCUUCUCCAAAAGAAAUGACUAUCAGGGACAUUGAACAGGGUGAAAUCAUGGCCCACCAGGAAGAAAUCCUCAUGGGCAAGAAGAAACGGAGGAAGAAAAAAAAGAAACCGAAAGAUACACUUGAUAAUGAGGAUGGAAAGUGUUCGGCUAGUCAACAACCUCCCAAAUUUGAGGAUGUGGAUGAGUUCCCUGAAUUAAAUACAACUGGAUUUUGUGAAGUAACACACAGUGGCUAUUCACCCAAACUACGCAACCAGAAGGAUAUUUCUGAAGAUGGACCCCAUCUCUUUGCUGAAAAGUUCAAGGAAAAGUUGUCUCUGAAGUCGCAACCAGCAGAGAUAAAUAAGAAAGCACAGAAAAGUGAGAAGACCUCUGGAAAGAAGAGUAACGCUCCAGUUCAGCUCGACAUCGGGAACAUGCUGGCUGUCCUCGAGGAAACGCAUAAAUCUAACAAAUCCAAGUCGGACGUCAAGUCAGUCAUCUCAGUAGGUGGGGGUCUUCAUUUUAUCCCAAAACAGCCACAUGUGCAGAAGAAACAACCAUGGCAGCAGGAGAAAAUUGCCCACAACCCUUUGGACUCCACAAGUCCUCUAGUCAAGAAAGGCAAGCAGAGGGAAAAGCCUAAAGCCAAGAAACCCACUCCUCUUAAGAAGAUCAUCCUGAAAGAAAGGGAGGAGCGGAAGCAGAGGCGUUUACUGGACGAGCAAGGUCUUUCUCCUGUGCAAGUCACUGACACAGUGGAAGAAGAGCAACACACCACUAACUCAGCAGAUGAAGAAGAUGGCACCGUAGUCCAAGAGGGGGGUGAGACUUACUUGAACGACACAAAUGACAACAACGUAGAGCCUCCCAUAGAUGAAGGUUUGGAGCGACAAUCCCCAACUAUCACAGACUUCACUCUAAAGCCCAAGAUCCACAGCAGAAAGUUCAGAGAUUACUGCAGUCAGAUGUUGAGCAAAGAGGUGGACGAGUGUGUAACAACUCUGCUGAAGGAGUUGGUUCGAUUCCAGGACCGUCUCCACCAGAAAGACCCAAUGAAGGCUCGCAUGAAGCGGCGCAUUGUGAUGGGUCUCCGUGAGGUGCUGAAGCAUCUCAAACUCAGGAAGGUCAAGUGUGUUAUCAUCUCACCCAACUGCGAACGUGUCCAGUCCAAAGGAGGCCUGGAUGAAGCGCUGCACACCAUCAUCAACACUUGUCGUGAGCAGGAAGUGCCGUUCAUAUUUGCACUCUCCAGAAAAGCUUUGGGUCGCUGCCUGAAUAAAGUGGUGCCAGUCAGCCUGGUGGGGAUCUUCAACUAUGAUGGCGCACAGGACCACUACCACAAGAUGAUUGAGCUGUCAUCUGAGGCAAGGAAAGCAUAUGAGGUGAUGGUCUGCAGUCUGGAACAUGCUGAACAUGAAGACGCAGAAGACUGGCAGGCAGCAAACGUGGAGCUGAAAAUCAACAGACAGAGCUUCACUCGGGAGUCUGAUCCUUUCCCCGUACUACCAGAGGAACCAGAAUACAUCAAAAUUUGGAAGACUCUUUUGAAGGACUGCAAUCAUGAAGUUCUGGACUUCCAGUCAAGGCUGGUGGACUUGGGAGCUGUGUGUCAUGUGGAGGAUGAUGAGCCAAGUUGACGAGAGGUCACGGACGCGUCACUUCAACCCCUAUCUUAAUUUCGAAUAGUCAAACUCUGAAAUCACACCUUUGAUUUAUAGGUAGAGCUAUUUUCAUGUACAUUCAUUGUUGAAGGACCAGCCUGCAUUUAACUCUAUAAUGUGAACUUACCAGUUAGCCGCCUCAUUGUGUCCACCGAUGAUCUCAAAAGAUUAGCUGUAGUUAUUUAGUUGUUAGUGAAAUUAGAACCUUUGAGUUUUGUCUGCCCAAAAUCUCAGUGAAGUUUUACAGCUCUGAUAGUUUCAAACUUCCUUAUGUCUCAUAAAGCAGAUGGCCAUAAUAUUGUUAGUCAUUAGUGACUACAUGAUUAUUUUACUGUUUGCAACUCUGGAUUAUGUAUUACAAUGACAUAAAAAACAUAUCAUGAAUUAUCUAUUACAAAAAAGCCUAUUAAGUUGUUACUUCAAAUGCAUCCACAAAAUAUAUUGUUCUCUGUUGAAGUUUGGGAAUGUUGCAUUUGUUUAGAAACCUCUGGGUGGCAUCUUAAUCAUAAUAAGCUUCUCUUUGGCUAAGAAUUGAGAUUAUGAAUGUAAAUAAUUAAAACUACAGGAUUUGAA